AUGAAAGGUAAAAAUUGUUCACUGAAUUAUGGCUGUACAUAUCGAUCUAACAGCACUCCUCAUAUUCACAGUAAUGGUAAUAAUGAAAGCGUUAAAAAGUCAUCAACUACAGAUAAUGAACUGAUGAAGUUGCGAUUACGUAGAAUAACAGAUAUUUACAUUUAUUGUAUGCUGUUAGGAUGUAUCUUUAUACUUAUUUUUGUAUUUUCUCAACCAUUUACAGAAAAAUAUUUAAUUCGUUUAAUUUUUGGUGAAUCUUCAAAUUAUUGUAAUUACACUUACAUACCUUCAAUAAAUAAUUAUCGUCGUCCAUAUAAGGUGUAUAAUUGA